AAAUGUGGGACCGACUGCUUUUGGCUGGCCCUCUCUGUGUUCAGGUUACAGCAGUGGCUGUACAACAAUGGCUUCGCAAAGGGAAAGUGCAUGGAACACAGUGGCCAGCAGCUUUGAGACACUGAACGCAAUUCUUUUGUUGUCCUCAGGUGAAAAACAUUGACACCUAGCACAUUGUCUGUAGUAGUGAGUUCAAGGCAAUGUUUCAUUUCCUGAAAAGGAGCUUCAGCUCCCAACCCCUCAGGAUCAUGACAAGUAGAUGCAGCAGACAAGCCUAAUAAACAUGCUGAGGCUUGAAAUAUGAUUGUAUAUCAAGUGUAUGAUCUGUUCGGUCAAAAUGUCUUAGGUGAAGACUUUCACUAUUUUAGCUGAGCAGCAAUUUAUAGGUUUUUUUUUUUAUUAUUGCAGCAGGUAAUUUUCAUAAAGUCCACCGCUACUUUGCCAUCAUAACAUAUGUUGAAGUGCAGACCAUGCUUCUCUCACACAUGCUCACUGGCAAUCAUUAACCAUCUAGUAGGGCGCAAACAGCAUGAUGUUGUCAAGGCCAGGUGGUGGGCAAGAGGACGUUGCCUCCACUUGUUGUGCCCCCUUCCUGUAUUGAUUUCCCUCAUGCAUACACUCACUGUCCCUUUUUAACAUGCAUUAAAACCAGACCCUUGCCCAACAGCUCUGGUCAGCCCCUGCUAACCCUCAUUCAGUAUUCACAUAACAUGGAGCGGAUUGCAUUUCGGCUACUUGCCGCAUGUUCUCUUCCUUUCUUCAGCAGUUAUGGAGGAGUGUCUUGGAAACCAGAUGCACUAGCUUAGCAGGUCCCACCGGAUGGCUGAAGAUUCUAUAGGAGGUGUAAUGCAUAUGCAGUGUACGCUCCAAGAGGUUGGAAGGAGUGUGUGAUUUCAGCAGACCUUGAGGAUUGACCUUGUGUGGUCGAGUUAUUGUUGGCCAGCUGUUUGUGUGGUAGUAGCAGAGUUUCCCGCAAGUCUGAAGCAAACCUUCAGGGGAGGGGGGUCUUUUGUUAUUUUGUGUACUUAACUGGGUAUUCAAGUAAUGCAUCAAGAAAGUGAAUGAUCCUGUUCUUCAGGUCCCAACCCAUGUGGCAGAGCCUGCAUUUCUCCCGGACCCCAAUGAUGGCAGCCUGUACUCUCUGGGAGGGAAGAACAAUGAGGGACUGACGAAACUACCCUUCACUAUCCCCGAGUUGGUCCAGGCUUCUCCCUGUCGCAGUUCUGAUGGCAUCCUUUACAUGGGUAAGAAGCAGGAUGUGUGGUAUGUGGUAGAUUUGCUGACAGGAGAGAAACAGCAGACUCUCACCUCCUCCUUUGCUGAGAUGCUAUGUCCAUCUUCUUCUCUGCUGUACCUGGGCCGCACUGAGUACACCAUCACCAUGUAUGACACCAAAAGCCGAGAACUGCGGUGGAACGCCACUUAUUCUGACUAUGCCUCCACGUUGCCAGAUGAUGACACCAAAUACAAGAUGGCCCAUUUUGUGUCGAAUGGCGAUGGCCUGGUGGUGACUGUGGACAGUGAAACAGGUGACAUUCAGUGGGUGCAGAACUACAACUCACCUGUGGUGGCCAUGUACAUAUGGCAACGUGAGGGUCUGCGCAAGGUGCCACACACUAACGUGGCUGUGGAAACACUGCGCUACCUCACGUUCACGUCCGGCGAAAUGGGACGCAUCACGCAGUGGAAGUACCCCUUCCCUCAAGAAAAGAAGCCCGAAGACAAGCUCAUGUCCACCCUUUAUGUGGGCAAAUAUUCCACCAGCCUGUACGCCUCUCCCUCUCUGGUACACGAUGGCGUUACUGUUGUGCCACGUGGUAGCACCUUCCCCAUGCUUGAGGGCCCCAGUAGCCAGGAGGCAAGUGUGGAGGAGGACCAGGAGUGUGUGAUCACUCCCAGUACCAGCGUCAAGUUCAGUGCGGCCCUAAAGGAGCGAAACCGCAUCAAUUACAUGAGGAACUACCUCCUUCUUAUAGGUCAUCAUGAGACUCCGCCUGAGGCUCAUACGAAGAUUCUGGAAAAAUUUCCUGAAAGUAUUCCCCGUCAACACAGCAAUGUCAUCCCUCCCACCACAGAGAAAACCGCUGAAGAGAAAGUGAAUGACAGUGAGAUGGAGGACAGCAGCACCCUGCCCCCUUCUGUCAGCUCCCUCCAGGAGAAGCCCAGCCGCCUGCCCCGCACAGAGGCCCCAGUGGACAGCAUGCUCAAAGACAUGGCCACAAUCAUCUUCAGCACGUUCCUUCUGGCUGGAUGGGUAGCUUUUAUCAUCACCUACCCCAAGAGUGUGCAAAAGCAGCAGCAGCUGCAGCACCAGCAAUUCCAGCGGCAAAUGGAGGAAAAGCUGGAGCUCCUGCAGAGGCAGCAGCUGCUUUUCCAGCCACCUACAGAUCUGCUGCCUGACGCCGACUUCCUGGAGGCGGCUCACACUCGCACCGAGAGCUCAAACCACAGCACCCCUAACGGAACACCACGUGCCUCCAACCAUUCCAACCUCUCUAUGUCUGAGCUGGGGAGCUCUGCCACCGAACAUGAGGAGGGAGAGGAUGAAUCUAGCAUUGUUCGAAUUGGAAACAUCACUUUCAACCCCAGGAAUGUUCUUGGACAUGGUGCUGAAGGAACUAUUGUGUACAGGGGUCAGUUUGACAACCGGCCAGUGGCCGUGAAGAGAAUUCUUCCGGAAUGUUUCAGUUUUGCAGACCGGGAGGUGCAGCUAUUACGCGAAUCGGACGAACACCCCAAUGUCAUCCGCUACUUUUGUACAGAACGUGACCGCCAGUUCCAGUACAUUGCCAUUGAGUUGUGCAGUGCUACUCUGCAGGAGUAUGUGGAGCAGAAGGAUUUUAAUCGCCAUGGUCUGGAACCAGUGAUACUGCUGCAGCAAACCAUGUCUGGACUGGCACAUCUGCAUUCUCUCAAUAUAGUUCACAGAGACCUGAAGCCACACAACAUCUUGGUGUCCAUGCCGAAUGCUCAUGGGCGUGUGCGUGCCAUGAUUUCGGACUUUGGUCUGUGUAAGAAGCUGGCGGUGGGCAGACACAGCUUUAGCAGGAGGUCUGGAGUUCCAGGCACUGAGGGCUGGAUUGCCCCUGAAGUGCUUAGUGAGGAUGUUAAGCACAAUCCUACCUGCAAGGUGGACAUUUUCUCUGCUGGCUGUGUUUUCUACUAUGUGGUGUCGCAGGGCAGUCACCCAUUUGGAAAGUCCCUGCAGCGCCAAGCCAAUAUCCUCCUCGGUGCCUAUUCAUUGGCUCUCUUGCAGCCAGACAGGCACGAUGACAUUGUGGCCAUGAACCUAAUAGAGCAGAUGCUGAGUAUGGAGCCUGGGAAAAGGCCAUCAGCAGAAAGAGUUCUCAAACACCCUUUCUUUUGGACUCUGGAAAAACAGCUACAGUUCUUUCAGGACGUGAGUGAUAGGAUAGAGAAGGAGCCGCUAGAUGGACCAAUUGUAAGGCAGUUGGAGAGGGGAGGACGGGCUGUGGUAAAAGGAGACUGGAGGGAACAUAUCACAGUGCCUCUGCAAACAGAUCUACGCAAAUUUCGCUCAUACAAAGGCGGGUCUGUUCGAGAUCUUCUGCGUGCCAUGAGAAACAAGAAGCACCAUUACAGGGAAUUGCCCGAGGAGGUUCAGGAGACGCUGGGCUCAAUUCCGGAUGACUUUGUCUCUUACUUCACGUCCCGCUUUCCACAUCUGCUGCUGCACACACACCUGGCCAUGCGCAUGUGUGCCCAGGAGCGCCCCUUCCUACCCUACUACCACAGCUCCGAGCUGCUCGUCCGGACUGUUCAUGCACAGCCUGAGCCUAAGCUCCUAGAGCUGCAGGAGCCCACAAGCCAGCUGGAUCUGUGUCCAUCCACACAAACAGCACCUCCAGCAAGCCUGGAGCUUUCUCCACGAUCAGAUCAUCCAGAGCUGUCUACACUUCCUGCAGAGCCAUGCGUGUCACCAAUGCCACUGAGACAAGAAGACAUGGCUCUGUAGAAUUUGCUUGACUGCAAUGCCUUUGGGAGUCUUUUGCCAUUAUGAAUGGACACAUUCCAGGGUGGGCUUCUCUCUGAGGUGGCAUGGUCUGGGCCUGCAGUGCCUGGGCCGUGUCUCUAUAGGAGCUGCCAUCUGUCUCAAGUGCCUUACUU